AUGUCAGUCAUAUUGGUGGAUACCAGAUCCGACUCUCUCACCGUCUCGUGGCCUGCUGCUGCUGCGGAACAAGAGAAUGUCAAGUACCAACUCGAAUACAAAUCCAACGACGACUCGGAAAACGCCGACAAUGAUGGAUUUGCCUUGUUAUCCGACAAGCUUUCUCAACCCCAAGCUCGCAAACGCAAUUUGACUCCAGGAACGGACUAUUUCUUUCGUGUCAAAGUGGUAAACGACAAUAAUGACGCUGGUUGCUGGAUGACCCAUUCCGAGCCCUUUUCCUGUCUAAAUGCCGACCAAGAAUCACAAGCACUGGAAGUUCCCAAAGUCAGUCAUCCCGGACUGAAUCAAACCUUGCACGUAUCCUGGAAGGCUUCUGCUGAAAACACUGACGCAAAAUAUGAAUUGCAAAUGAGGGAAAACCAAGGAGGGGCGGAAUGGAAGACGAUUGCUCCAUCCUUGUCGGGAUUGGAAGUCAAGAAGAAGAAUUUGACGUCGACCUUGGGAUACCAAUUUCGAGUUCGGACUAUUGGUGGUGAAAUUGAAACUCCAUUUUCUCCUCCCUCGGAAUCCAUGGUAGCAAGAGGCUUGUCAGCUGGUAUUCGACGAUUCUUUGGGUCACUGGAGAAUGGAACCUUGCUGAGAAGUGGUCAAAAGGAACCCGUUCCCUUGGCCGAUGCCUUGGGAGGCAAGGAAUUUGUGUUAUUAUAUGCUUCGGCACAUUGGUGUCCUCCUUGUCGUCAGUUCACGCCCAUGUUGGCCAAUUGGUACAAGUCUGCCAGCAAUCGAAUUGCUGGGGGUGGUCGUGCAGCAGAAGUUGUGUUCUUGUCCUGCGAUCACGACGAAGAUGGAUUCCAGGGAUAUUUUCAACAAUCCCAUCCAUGGAUGGCCGUGGACUAUGAUGAUGAUGCGCGAGAUCAAAUCAUGGCUGCGAUACGGGUCCAAGGGAUUCCAAGAUUGGUGGUUUUGAGUGGCAAGAAUGGACGCAUCUUGGUGGACAAUGCAGUGGGACAACCACUGGACGUCAAUAAAUGGAGGGCCCUGGAAAAACAACAACAACAACAAGGAAAAUAA